AUGGCCUCUCGCGCAGUAUCAGCUUCUCACACAAUCCGCCGGCUGCCGUUAGCCCUUCGACCGAUCAAUUCGCGCACCUUUACAUCAAGCGCAUCGCGAUUCCAGGAAGCAGUCGUAGCUCCUGCACCUGUCAGGAAACCCGUGGGCGCGUUCAGGGGAGGACUCUUUGGCUUUCUGCUAGGAUCCGUUCUGUCUGGCGCCGGCACUUUCUACUACGUGAUGGAGGAAUAUCGGGUCUCGAACGAGCUACUCACGGAGGACAUUUAUGUCAGUGAUCCUGACGUUUCAUUAUACGAACGUGUGGCGAUUUAA